UGCAGGUGUAGAUAAUGCUCUGAGCAGUCGUUUGAGCCCUAACUUAGACGAAUUUGCUGCUGCUUUUGCUGUGUUUUGAGGAAACAUAGCGGCAAAAGAUUGAAAACGUUUUGCCAAUUUUAGUUAGCUGUUGGAAAGCGAGUGAUAUUUCAGUCCUUAUUCUCAAGAAUUGCUUCUGUGCAAAACGUGGCAAGUAUCGUCAACAAAGAUGACAGACACGCCGCUAUUGCCAAACAUCGAACGAAAUCCAUUGUGCCAGAUGUCAGCGAGCGAUAAACUCAACUCAAACUUUGAAAAUCUACAACAACCAAGCACCGAAGCCAAAAUUAUCAUCAAUGUCAGUGGCCUACGAUUUCAAACGUAUAUUAGUACCCUGGAAAAGUUCCCAGACACACUGCUCGGUUCAACGAUAAAACGUCAACGAUUUUACGAUUCAGAUUUAGGCGAGUUAUUUUUUGACCGAAAUCGUUCGGCGUUUGAGGCAAUUCUUGGCUACUAUCAAAACGACGGAUCCAUAUUCCGACCUGACAACGUGCCGGUAAAAAUAAUCGCGGGAGAGAUCAUGUUCUUCGAGUUAGGUUCGGUUGCCAUGAAUCAGUUGUUUGAGAUUCCAGGUUAUAGUACGACCGAAGAGAGCGUUUUGCCCAAGAAUAAAUUGCAAUGUCGGAUUUGGCAAUUGUUUGAGCACCCAGAUAGCUCAAUGUUUGCUAGAGUUCUUGCAUUUUGGUCGCUGACUGUUAUUAUUGUUUCCAUAGUAACAUUCUGCUUGGAAAGUUUGCCUCAAUUCAGCUCACACAAGGAAGAACAGCCUUGGUUUUCAAUUGAAAUCGUUUGCAUUGUCUGGUUUACCAUCGAGUACCUAGCUCGGCUACUUUCCUCGCCUCAAAAGAUCAAAUUUAUUAAAUCGUUUUUGAAUAUUAUCGACCUGAUCGCAAUAUUGCCGUAUUACAUCACUCUGCCGUUGGAUAAUGCAUCUGGUAGCUCCUUCGCCGUUCUUCGAGUUAUCAGACUUGUUCGCGUGUUCCGUAUCUUCAAGUUAUCCCGUCAUUCCAAAGGUCUGCAGAUCCUGGGUCAAACACUUCGAGCAAGUAUGCGAGAGUUGGGAAUGUUGAUAUUCUUCAUGUUAAUAGUCGUAGUGCUAUUUUCCAGUGCCAUAUAUUAUGCUGAAGGUCAAAGUGGUGACAGUGAUUUUACCUCUAUCCCUGGAGCCUUUUGGUGGUCGGUUGUUACCAUGACAACGGUUGGUUAUGGUGACAAAUAUCCAACAACCUGGCAAGGCAAGAUCGUGGGCUCAAUUUGUGCUCUGUCUGGCGUACUUACCAUUGCACUUCCGGUUCCAGUCAUCGUCUCCAAUUUCACGUAUUUCUACCAGAGCGAACAAGGGUACAGAGAGUUCGAAGCAAUGGCGGAUAAAUGGGAGAAAAAUGAUGCCGAGAGCAAGGAAAAGGAUGGUCACCCAGAGUUUUGUGGAGUUAAGGUAUGUACGGCUCCAGGAGCACCGAGUGAUUGCGAUGGUUAUGAUAAGUUGUCACAAAGUCCAAAAAUUAAAACAAAAAAAGAAGAGGAGUUUGAACUUGCACAAAUUGUUGUGACAUAAACAGACAAAAGCUCCUUCAAAUGGUCUAUUAAUAUAUUAACAUAAUAUUAUAUUGAAUAUUACAUUCUGAUGACAUACUGUAAGUCCAAGCUCUUAAAGGAUUUGGUGCUAAUGUAGUACUAGUUAUGGUGUUUGUAAUAUCUGGAAUUGCCAAAUUAACUGUUUUGUGUUGAAGCAUAGUUAAUAAAAUAAAAUAAAGGAUGUCAGAAGACUUGAUGGAGGCACAAUAGAUCUCAUAUAAUAUAUGAUUUGUCUUGGUCUAAGCAAAAGUUGGUCUGUUCAUUGCUGCGUGUGUAUCAUAUUAUCGUCCAACAAACCUAAUUACCCUUUCCUGGCACAACACAAUGAAAGAUAUUGGUUGAUUUGGUGAAAAACCGAUGCACACAUGUACGCUGAAUCGUCCAUUUUCUUGCACAGAUAAUGAGGCCUAUUGUGUCUCUAUUAAUUUUCCUAACCUUCUUUGAUUAAAAAAAUUAACUAUUGUCGAAGUAAGGCCCAUUUCAAAUAUGGACUUAGCCAUGUACUGAACCUACUGUGAAUGACUUGAAUGAGCUCAUUUGGAUUUAUUUGCUAUAGGUUUUGGUUAUAGGAAUUCGGAAACUAUUUUAUUGUAUGUACAUUAUAAUACCAUUUUACUCUGCAACUUAUCAGCUAUUACUAAUGCGCCAAUCAAUAACCCUUUUAAAAUUCUGUAAUGCUAAUUCAGAAUAUAAUUAAUAAUCGAGCUAUUUCCGGAAAUUUUAAAUUUCUGGAAGUGAAAGAAAGGAUUGUCCCAGCAUGUUUGUCUCAUUGUGAUGGCAAAUUUCUGAAGUUCCUAAAUAGUGAAAAGCUAAAAAGUUUGCUUAGUGUACUAUAAAAUGAACAAUUCCUUUGAAAUUACUAGGAGACAAUGACACAUAACGUACUAUCCCCUUCCCCUUCCUCCUCCACCAUCGCCCGCCAACAAUUUUGGAAAAAUAAAUACUAAUUAUUGAUGACAGUGACUCGGCAAAAUUACCUUUGAUAACUCGGCAAAAUUCACUUAUACCCCCAUUCAAAGAGGUCUAUAGCCGCUCUUGUGCGGGAAUCUGAUGAUGCAAUUUUAAAUACCGGAAAUCCCC